AUGGCCAAUCUUCUACGUAAAGGAAAUCGAAAAGAACCCGCCUCCUUGCCACCGCAAUCAAACAGACAAAAAGUAUCAGAUACAUUACCGACACAGACAACUGCUGAUGAUAGUAUAAAUCCAUGGGAUCAAGCUCAAAUAUGGAUUGAAAGUGUACAAAAAGAAGAUGCAACACGAAAACAAUGGGAACAGAUGUACGGCUUUUUAGCUGAUUAUGAUCCAAAGGGUAACCUCAAAGUAAGAGCACGAACAUUAGAAAACAGCACUCGUUUCUCAAAUACAUUACCAAAUUCACGUGGACACGAAUAUGGUUGGCGAUUACAAACUGAUGUUGGACAACAAAUUAAAAAUAUGCAGAUUCAAUUUGAUGAACAGUUUCGUAUACGCGUACCAAAAGAAGUAUUAGGAUAUGAUUAA